AUGUCUGGCAAACUCGACCGCCUCGACGCGCCCGGCAUCCGCGCCGAGGGUGCUGUGCUGCACAGCAUGCGCCGUGAAGUCGCAAACCAGCUGCGCCGCCAGCAGCUCGGCUUCCCAGGUGCACAACCCGUCAGCUUUACGCGCAAGCACAUGGAAGAGCUGCGGAAACAAGACUACUACGUCUGCGAAAAGACCGACGGCAUCCGCUACCUGCUCUACCUGACCGAAGACGAAGAGGGCGCUGAAAUUCAAUACCUCAUCGACCGCAAGAACGACUACUGGUUCCUGCCGCCCGGCUCGCUGCACCUGCCCCGCGCCGAGGACGAGGCGGGCUUCCACGUCAAGACACUGGUCGACGGCGAGCUGGUCAUGGACGACCUGGGCCACGGCGAGAAGCAGCCGACCUUUUUGGUGUUUGACUGUCUCGUGCUCGACAACAAGGACAUGACGGAGCGCACCCUCGACAAGCGCCUGGGCUACUUCAAAGAGGCCGUCUACAAGCCGUACGACGCCCUGUUCCGCAAGUACCCCGAGGAGAAGCAGUUCCAGGCGUUUGCCAUCCAGAUGAAGGACAUGCAGUACAGCUACGGCAUCGAAAUGAUGUUCCGCACCGUGCUGCCCAACCUCAAGCACGGCAACGACGGCCUCAUCUUUACGCGCUGCAAUACCCACUACCGCCCCGGCACCGACCCGCACAUCCUCAAGUGGAAGCGCGUCGAGGAAAACACAAUCGACUUCCGCAUCCAGCUGACCUUCCCGCCGUUGGCACCCGACAGCGUGGACGACGACGCCCACGGUCCCGUCAAGAACGGCGACACGCGCAACGGCGACGGGCACGCAAGCACAAAUGGCGGGCCCGUUCUGCCGUUCGACUACGACGCCCUCCCGGCCGCCGACCUGUUUGCCUACUACGGCGACAACACCGCCGAGCCGUACCGCCACUUUGCGCCGAUGCACCUCACCGAAGAGGAGUGGGAGCUGCUCAAGGCCACGGGCGACCCCAUCUCCAACCGCGUCGUCGAGUGCGCGCUCGAUGACCAGCAGCGCUGGCGUAUCCACCGAUUCCGUGACGACAAGCCUGAGGCCAACCACAUUAGUGUUGUGAACAGUGUCCUCGAGAGCAUCCGGGAUAGCGUAUCAGAGCAGGAGCUGAAAGAGGCCGCCAAAGGCUUCAAGGAAGGGUGGCGGGCACGUCGGCAGUCGACAGGACGGUAA